CCCUUCCUCGAUCUUUCAGAUCAUCCAAAAAGACUCUAUAAUGCUUGAAGCAAGACUCGACCAAGCUUCUACUUUGAAGCGUCUUCUCGAUGCCAUCAAAGAACUUGUACAAGAUGCGAACUUUGAGUGUACCGAGGAAGGCAUCAGUCUUCAAGCUAUGGACAACUCUCACGUCGCACUCUGCUCCGCCAAGCUCGACGCGACUGGAUUCACACGCUAUCGCUGCGAUCGUCCUCUCCCGCUCGGCGUCAACCUCAGCAGCUUGACAAAGGUUUUGAAGUGUGCAAAGGAUGAUGAUACAUGUACGCUGAAGGCGAGCGAUGACGGUGACAUCUUGAGUUUGACUUACGAGGCAAGAAAUGAUGAACGUAUGGCGGAAUACGACAUGAAGCUUAUGGACAUCGACUCUGACACCCUCGGCAUUCCUGACACUGAAUAUGACGCCUCCGUUACCAUGUACUCCGCCGAAUUUUCCCGCAUCGUCCGAGAUCUCUCCCAACUCGGCGAAUCCGUCCGCAUCGAAGUUUCAAAGGAAGGUGUCAGGUUCAUGGCAGACGGGGAGAGCGCCAAUGGCUCGAUUCUUAUGAAACACACCGAUGAAGCAAGGACGAAGUGGGAAAAUUUGGGCAAAGAGGAUGAGGACGGUGAAGGGGCGAACGCUAAGGAUGACGAUGACGAAGAGGAGGAAGAGGAGGAUCAAGGAAGUGAUGAGGAAGGCAGCAAAAAGAGGAAGAGCAGGGUGAAGAAGGAGAAGGCUGAGAAGAAGAAGGUCAAGAAGGAGAGAGAUGAUGACGGUGAUGAAGAAAUGGCAAACGCAGAUGAAGAAAAUGAGGACGGUGAGUUCAAGGCGAAAUCGGACGAGGAGGGCGAGGAGGAGGUGAGUGACUCAGAGAAGCCGAAGAAGAAAAAGAAGGCUCCCGCUGCCAAUGGCAAGCCCAAGAAGAAGUCCAAGAAGUCAGAAGCUGAGGACGGCGCCGUCAAGGGUGUUUUCAUCGAGAUGUCGCAACACGUCACGCUCACCUUUUCUCUUAAAUACCUCGUCAACUUCUCCAAGAGUGCAGCGCUGGCUCCUCAAGUCAGGCUCAUGCUCAAGAGCGACGUACCUCUUCUCGUUGAGUACCUCUUCGGCCAAGGUCACGUUCGGUACUACCUUGCUCCCAAGAUCGGAGACGACUAGUUCCGCUUCUCUCCCUCAAAAGAAGAAUCUCAUCACCAUGCUAUCCCUGAUUUCUCUCUGCACCUGUUGCGCUCUCUACGUACUCGAAUCUCGCAAUGUCUAUGUAUAUCCAUUUUCCACAUCUGUGUUCCAUUUUCACCUCCUGAAUCCUAUGGCCGGGGUUUUAUGUCAUUACGAAGUCAUAGACAAAAGUCUCUAUCGAGCUCCAUCGUUCGGGUCUAGUGUGCAAACCUGAAGUCCAACCGCC